AUGUACAAACAACAUGUAAAUAAACACGGCUGCAGCCUGCAAGGAUCCAAAGGAUCUACCAUAAUGCUAACUUUCACGCUUGAACUUAGUGUUAGUUUUCUGGUGUCUUUGUCUCAAGUAUGUGUAUUGGUGUCUGGGUGUCUCUAUGUCUUAUAUUCGUCUCUACAGAACUCAGUGUCAGUUUUCUGGUGUCUUUGUCUCAAGUAUGUGUAUUGGCAUCUGGGUGUCUCUCUAUGUCUUAUAUUAGUGUUGUACCCUGCGUCUGUCUGGCAUUGUGACUUAGCAUCUGGGGUUUCUUUCAGCGCCUGGAAGUCUAUGUGUAUUUGUUUGCAGUGGGUAAUCUGGGGGACUUUAAUGUGGUGCAUGCCACUUUGCAUGCCACUUGCAAUUGUUUCUUAUUCAACUGGUCAUAAUCUUUAUGUAGACUUUCUUGGAGUGUACAGCUUUGGUGAGGAGGGCCCCCUCAUCAAAGUCGUGCACUUCUCUUUAUUUUUUGUUGUAUUAUGA